CUUCCGAGAGGGGCAGGUCGAGGCGUUCCCACCGCUGCUUUGCGAUUGGCGCAGACGGCCGAUAACAGUGCAGCAGACCAGGUGCCAGUGCAUUAUUGUUCAAGUUGCAUUCGAUCUCCAGCCGGGCAAUUGAAACCCAAGUCAUCUCCUCCAACAUUGCUUCUUCUCUCCUGCCUCGCCUCCUGCUUCGCGUCUGCCACCGCUUCUUGCUGCCCGAGGCCCAGUUUCCACAUUGUUCCAUCGCAACCACGCUCUGGAAGAUCUCGUGGAGAAUAGCGACGUUGUUCUUGCACAGCGCCUCAUGUCUGGUAUUACUAUAGCGAAUACUAAGUUCUCGUGACUGGCAACUUCCUCCGCUCCCCUCAAAGGAGAGGUAACAAUCUUGGAAAACCUCUCCAUCGCCCCCAUUUUUCAUCAACUCUUAUCCACAAACCAUCUCUAUACCCCCUAGUACCGCUUGGCUGGCCCUUUGCCGUAUCUCGUACAUCGAUGAGUACGAAUAACAAGCGCGAGUGUAUUACCCUUGAUUAUCGCUUCCUGUCCUCCUGGGUUAAACGCCCGACUCGCAGACGAAAAAGAUCUCGCUCGUUCAGCCCUGUGGAUAUUACCGCUAUACCUUCGCGCUGCAUGGCGAUCUUACUCCGCAGACUAAGUUGGCACUAUCUUGCUCCCCGGACCAUUAGUUCGUCAAGUAAUCAGCUCUAUUCUCCGGCGCCUUUGAUUUGAGCAUCAAAUGCCGCGCCCUCGAAGGCCCGGAGCCCCCGAGCCGAAAAGGAGAUCUCGCAAAGGAUGCUGUGGGGAGGAGAAGCCGUCGUGCUUGAAUUGCCAACGUCAGAAUGAGCCUUGCGACUACAGCCUCCGGCUGAACUGGGGUGGAAGGACGAGGAGAAAGUCUUCUGUCGAUUCCCCGAGUUCACAGACUAGUAGCCUCUCGAGACAUUCACUCCCAUUCCCCCUGUCACCCCCGUCGCUUCCCCAGACACUCCCUGCGAGCCCUAUCCGACCGUUCGAUUCUAGUGGUUGGGAGAUGAGCACUUCGCAAGACGAGCAUACAGAAACGCUCUACUGGAAGGCGGAGUCUGCAGGGGACAUGAAUGUAGGAAGAACGUAUCCUAGCAGGUUGCAUGAUUUCCAUGAUUCUCCGACUGUCCCUGAUCAGUCUUUCAAUGCAUGCAACCGUACAACCGAUAGAGUUCCAGUAGAAUUGGACUUGUCGCGAGGACCGGAUACCAGCUCUUGGCCGGGCUUCUCUCCUCAAGCAAUGACAUUCCCAGCGAUGGGCGAUGACGCGUCCCACAGACCGUCCGUUGGAAGCUCGCUGGGGAACCUACCUUAUCCGACUGUCCCAGACGCCGUUCCUAGUGUCCCCUCAUUAUUCGACUUCAAUUUUCCAUGCGGUCAAGUGUCUCAGCCAAUAUCUUUCGUUCGACCUGCUUUAGAUACAGCUGAUUUCAACAGACAUGACUCGCCAUCCAGACGUGGAAGAAUGCCGGACUAUCAACAGAACCUUUCUGGACUGCCAUCCACUGAACUCGGAAUUCCCAACGCCUCAGUCAAUUGCACGCUUAGCACCACCGAUUCUCUUGACGCAACAUCGCCCCGAUCUCUUGAUACCAGUCUUUUUACCUCUGGAACCCCACGGGAUCAGGGUGAUUCUCCAGAUAGCUUUUUGGCAGGCAUUCUGGAUGGGCCGCCUGGCGAUAGCAUUGGUAGGAACAGGCACACCAGAUCGUAUUCGUCCUCUGCGCGCCAAUAUGAUAUACCACCGACACUCAACCAGAAGCGCGGUCUUUCGACCUCGGAGCGAAAAUGGCAGACUUAUCUCACCAGUGUAACUGACCACUAUGGCCUGGACUGUGGCCGCUCAGAUCUGGAUCUGGGACGAAAUGACGAUCACUCAGCAGUCGAUGUAAGCGACGCUUUGGAUGUCAUCCAGUCUCAGACAUCGAGCCAUGCUUCCAGUCCAGGAAGCCUUCAGACAGACAAAGACCGCAAUACUGGUGAUAGCAGCAAGUAUGCCUACUAUGCAUUGCCCGUGCCUAUUAAUAUCCCACGAUACCUCUCGCCUCUCCCUGCCUCGCUUCUGAAGGUGCCUAUCAACUUGAUGUAUUUUCACCACUUUCUCAACCACACUGCGAGGGUCCUUGUCCCUCAUGACUGCGGAGACAAUCCCUUCAGCUCUGUCCUGCCCUCUAGUAAGAUCUCUCCUCUCUUGUUCCCGUCGCUCUUACUGACUGGACAGUGGCUAUUGAUGACCCUAAUCUUCUCAACCUUAUGCUCGCCUACUCCGCAAGCCACCGAGCAAGGUUCCUAGGACACCCCGAGCCUGCUACUCGGAUUGCACUUUGGGUCCGCGACGUUUUUCCGUCCCUGCGCCUCGCUUUGGAAGACUCUCACAGGAAGGGCAGAGGCUCUGAUAGACGACUGGGAGAUGCUGGAUGUCAAUGUGCAUACUCACGAUAAGCAUUAUCUUGAAUCGGAGUCCUCCGAUAUGAUAGCGGUUGAUCGCGCGUUCCGCUAUGCUGGCCUACUCCAUCUGCGCCGCCGCGUUCUCGGCGAGGACUCCGGGUCUGAGGAAGUCUUGAAGGCCUUGAACGGGUUGAUGCAAGCCGUGACCGCCAUUCAGACUGGUGCUGCUAUGGAGGCGGGAGUAUUGUUUCCCAUAUUUACGGCUGGUUGCGAAACUCGGGAUCCUAAGCAGCGGGAUGAGAUCAAGGAGCGUCUCGAGGUUCUGGAAGGAACUGGGAUGAAACAGAUUCAGAAUGCUCGUAAACUCAUGCAGAGAUGUUGGGACACCGAUUUGCCCUGGAUCGCGUUCGCGCAAGGAGAGUUUCUUGGGUAGCUUUUCAGACUGGUUCAUACUACAAAGGACCAGGGUGAAGUGAAUGUAUGUUUUGUUGGACUGUAGAAGGGAGACUGAUCACAACAUUUGUUGCUUAGUUUUUAUUGAUCUCAAAUUGACGCAUGAUCCUAUCCAGACAAAGAUCUAUCCCCUCUCCAUCCGUUUGCACCAUGACAAAAACCUGAUUGUCAAAUUAGAGGC